UAUAACAUAUCAUAUAAACCGAGUUCCUCUUAGAUUAGCCAUCCCGAAUUUCCUCGGCAAAUCCAAGACCAUAACCAAAUAAUUCAAUCGGCUGCCAUGAGAAGAUGAAAAAUGGCAGAUUUCAACCUAUUACGCGCCGGAUUUUCUCAUCACUCAGCGAUUCUCUUCCCUCCGCCGCCGCAACCCAAACUUCGAACCAAACAUCCACCAUUUUAGCAUCAGCCCUGCAACAUUACAUCAAUUCCGACGACCCUUCUCCCGGUCAGAAGCUCCAUUCCCAUAUUCUCAAAUCCGGGUUCAUACCCAAUACAAGUAUCUCCAUUAAACUACUCAUACUCCACCUGAAAUGUAACUCAUUGAAGUAUGCACGCCAGGUGUUCGACGAAUUGCCUCAAAAGACACUUUCCGCAUACAAUUAUAUGAUAAGUGGGUAUAUAAAGGUGGGAAAAGUUGCUGAAUCGUUUUCUUUGGUUCGUGAGCUCAUAAUUUCCGGUGAAAGGCUCGAUGGGUAUACAUUUUCAAUGAUUUUAAAAGCGUCUACUUGUGCACGUAAUGACUCUGUUCUGCGUUGUUUAGGAAGGGUGGUUCAUGCCCAGAUAUUGAAGUCGGAUGUAUCACCAGAUGAUGUGCUUUACACUGCGCUUAUUGACUCGUACGUUAAAAAUGGCGACGUUUAUUUUGCUAGGAUUGUGUUUGAUAUGAUGUUGCAAAAUAAUGUGAUAUGUUCGACAUCGAUGAUUUCGGGAUAUAUGAAUCAGGGGUUGGUUCAAGAUGCUGAAGAGAUUUUUAUGAAGACUGUUGAAAAGGAUAUAGUUGUAUUCAAUGCAAUGAUUGAAGGUUAUAGUAAAACGCUUGAACAUGCCAAGAAAUCGCUCGAGGUUUACAUUGACAUGCAACGUUUGUGUUUUUCACCGAAUAUUUCGACGUUUUCGAGUGUGAUCGGUGCUUGUUCGGUGUUGGCAGCAUUUGAAGCAGGCCAACAAAUUCAAUGUCAACUUAUGAAGACUAAAUUCUUCACAGAUAUCAGAAUGGGAAGUGCUCUUAUAGACAUGCACUCCAAAUGUGGAAGAACGGAGGACGCUCGUCGAGUUUUCGACCAAAUGCCGGAGAGAAAUGUCUUCUCAUGGACGUCUAUGAUAGAUGGAUAUGGAAAAAAUGGAUAUCCAAAUGAAGCACUAGAGCUUUUUUGCAUUAUGCAAGAGAAACACCAGAUUCAGCCGAACUUCGUUACCUUUCUGAGCGCUCUCUCGGCUUGUGCACACGGAGGGCUAGUAGAGAAGGGGCAGGAUAUUUUUGAAAGCAUGGAGAGAGACUACUCAUUGAAACCAAAAUUGGAGCAUUAUGCAUGUAUGGUUGAUCUACUGGGACGUGCAGGAAGUUUGCAUCAAGCAUGGGAAUUCAUUAUGCAAAUGCCUGAGCCUCCCAAUUCUGAUGUAUGGGCAGCUCUACUGAGCUCAGCUAAGCUUCAUGGCAACAUUGAAAUGGCCUGCAUAGCUGCUAAUGAACUAUUUAAGCUGAAUGCUGACAGUCGGCCAGGAGCUUAUGUUGCCUUGUCUAAUACCUUUGCAGAAGCUGGGAAAUGGGACAAUGUUAGUGAACUGAGAGAGGUUAUGAAGAUGAGAAGAGUUAAAUGCAAAGGCAGCAGUUGGGUGGGGGCUGAUGGCAGCUUAUAAGUGUUGACAUUCAACCGAUAACGCGGAAUUGCUUGUUCGGUCAGAGAAGUGUUUAUGCCUAAUAUAAAUUGCUGAAUCUUGAUGUUGGAAUGCUCUUCAAAAAUAACUUUUUGUGUUUCUGUUGCACUCCAUAUCGCUCCAACAGUUACCAAGAGGGCGGUUUUGGUGCUUCUAAGUUGAUGUUAUCAUUUUACAGUUUGGGAUUUUGUAAUCACAGAGCUCUUAUAUAUAUCACCAAAACAACAUAAGGGCUUGCUGAGAACACUGUCCAUGAACAUUUCUAAUGCUGAUGCUCAUCAAAGACAUAGUAGGCACUGCAUCACGGAAGUAAACAUAGUGAAAUUUGCAGACUGCUGCGGCUGCUGUAAUUUAUGGAUCGCUCGUUGUAACUCCAGCGUUUGCAGUUAAAUUUUCUGCGAUUGCAUAUCAUUCGAGUGAUCGGAACUAAAAUUUGGAUGAAUUAUUCAUCAGAGGGACAGAAAUGCCACAAGUUAACUAAUCUUUGCUUCAUGGACUUCUUUCAGCUAUGGCCAGCAAGAUUUGACAAUGCCAAUAUCUAUCCAUUCAUGUUUGAACUUGUCAUUCUUAGUUUAGAUCUCUAGAAGUUUUCAAAAUGAUCGAAUGUCAUAGUAUUAUAUUGUUGAAUUUUGUACUGUCUUUUAAUGAUCCAAUUGACCUGAACAAAAAGGAUUCAACUCUUUCAAUGCAAAAGGGCCGGCACAGAUUCAUUGAGGAAACAAUGUGGGAUCAUGUUUAUAGCUGUCUAUAAUGGCGUUCAUUCCAAUGAAAAGCAUUAGAAUAGCUAGCUAUGGUAUAGUUAUAAGUAACAGGUAAUAACAUUAGGCAUCGCAAUCUGCAGGCUGCAUCUGAAUUCUUCUUUG